CGCGCUCAAGACAGAACUCACAGCGUCUGCGCGGAAGGCCAUUCGGCGCAACAGACGCGGUGUAACCGAUCCUCUCCGGACGGAUAGUCUACAGCAGCACGGUAACCUCAUACUGCUAUCUCGCAGAAGCGGAUCGUCGGAAGACAGCAUGAGUUCUGCGGGGCUGGAGAAGUUGCGGAUGACGGGCUCAGGCAGAGCGAUCGCCGCGCUAACGAGCGGAGGAGACGCGCAAGGUAUGAAUGCAGCGAUCCGCGCUGUGACCCGAAUGGGCAUCUAUGUGGGCGCCAAGGUGUAUCUGGUUUAUGAGGGUUAUCAGGGGCUGGUAGACGGAGGAGACAACAUUAAACUAGCCAACUGGCAAAGCGUCACCAAUAUAAUUCAGCUGGGAGGAACGGUGAUCGGCAGCGCGCGCUGUAAGGCCUUCACCACACGAGAGGGCCGUUUAGCUGCUGCCUUUAACCUGGUCAAGCGUGGCAUCUCCAACCUGUGUGUGUGUGGAGGAGACGGCAGCCUCACCGGGGCCAACAUCUUCCGCUCCGAGUGGAGCGGACUCCUCGAUGAGCUGCUGAAGAAAGGUCGAAUCACAGCGGAAACGGCCAAGCAGCACGGACACCUGAACAUCGUGGGACUGGUGGGCUCCAUCGAUAAUGAUUUCUGUGGGACAGACAUGACCAUCGGCGCUGAUUCGGCCCUCAACCGCAUCACUGAGAUCAUCGACGCCAUCACCACCACAGCCACCAGUCAUCAGCGCACAUUCGUGCUGGAGGUCAUGGGUCGCCACUGCGGGUAUCUAGCGCUGGUUUCAGCUCUGGCGUCUGGAGCCGAUUGGCUCUUUAUCCCAGAAGCCCCUCCUGAGGACGGCUGGGAAGAGCUCAUGUGCGCUCGGCUGGGAGAGAGCCGCAGUAAAGGAUCCAGACUGAACAUCAUUAUCAUCGCUGAAGGAGCCAUCAACAGAAGCGGUCAAGCCAUCACCUCCAACUACGUCAAAGAUCUGGUGGUGUCGCGGCUGGGGUAUGACACGCGGGUCACUGUUCUGGGUCACGUUCAGCGGGGCGGGACGCCGUCAGCCUUUGACAGAGUGCUGAGCAGUAAGAUGGGCGUCGAGGCCGUGGUGGCCCUGCUGGAGGCGGGGCCAGACACUCCCGCCUGUGUGAUCGGCCUAUCAGGAAACCAGGCUGUGCGUCUCCCGCUAAUAGAGGCAGUGGAGAUGACUAAAGAGGUUCAGAGGGCCAUGAAUGAAAAGCGUUUUGAAGAGGCCAUCCAGUUGCGGGGCAGGAGUUUUGAGAACAACUGGAACAUUUAUAAGUUGCUGGCCUAUCAGAAGCCAGCUGCGGUCCCGAGCCAGCACUCCAUUGCCAUCCUGAACGUGGGAGCUCCGGCCGCGGGCAUGAACGCUGCGAUGCGGUCGGCUGUGAGGGUCGGUCUGGCCACAGGACACCGGGUUUACAUCGUUAGCGAUGGCUUCGAGGGUCUGGCCAAUGGAGCGGUGAAUGAAGUGUCGUGGAAUCAGGUGGCCGGCUGGACAGGUCAGGGUGGCUCUCUGCUGGGAACUAAACGAACCCUCCCAAGCACCUGCAUGGAGAAACUAGUGGAAAAUCUCAACAAGUUCAGCAUCCAGUCACUGCUCGUCGUUGGUGGUUUUGAGGCGUAUGAGGGCAUCCUGGAGUUGGUUGAAGCAAGAGGACGCUAUGAUGAAUUAUGUAUUCCCAUGUGCAUCAUCCCUGCCACCAUCAGCAACAAUGUGCCAGGGACGGACUUCAGUCUGGGCAGCGAUACUGCGGUUAACGCAGCGAUGGCCAGCUGUGAUAAGAUCAAGCAGUCGGCCACAGGGACCAAGAGGAGGGUCUUUGUGGUGGAGACUAUGGGGGGAUACUGCGGUUAUCUGGCAACCACCACAGGCAUCGCUGUCGGUGCGGACGCCGCUUAUAUUUUUGAAGAUCCAUUCAACAUCCAUGACCUCAAGACCAAUGUGGAGCAUUUGACCGAGAAAAUGAAGAAGGACAUUCAGAGAGGUCUGGUGCUGAGGAAUGAGAAAUGUCAUGUGCACUACACCACUGAUUUCAUCCAUAAGCUCUACUCCGCCGAGGGGAAAGGCGUCUUCGACUGCAGGGUCAAUGUCCUGGGACACCUGCAGCAGGGUGGAGUACCAACACCCUUUGACAGAAACUAUGGCACUAAACUGGGCGUUCGAGCCGUGCAGUGGCUGACAGAGAAGAUGACCGACAGUUUUAGACAAGGUCGUGUGUUUGUGAACACCCCGGACACAGCCUGUGUGGUCGGCCUGUACAAGAAGGUUCUGACCUUCAGUCCCGUCACUGAGCUGAAGCACCAGACGGACUUUGAACACCGGAUGCCCAAGACGCAGUGGUGGCUGAACUUCAGACUCAUGCUGAAGAUGUUGGCCAAGUAUCAGACGCCCUUCAACGAGUACGUGACGGGAGAGAUCGAAUACGUGACCCGCCGCUCUCUCAGCAUAGACACUGGCUUCUAAAACACACCAAACUGCCACUCCUCCAUUAAAACCGGUAAACGCCUGAUCCUUUAGUGAGUAAAGGAGGCUAAAACUCCAGAUUUGUGCCUAAACCUGAUGCAUUCGAGUCCUGCAUUUGCACCAUGUUUACGCUGAACUCAUGCAGUGUCAAAACUAGAUCACU